GGGGACGGUACGGGAGGAACAGAGCCCGGAACGGUAAAGAUGGGGCUGUGUGUCCCCCCCCCGUCACAGGGAGGGGACGGGAAGGCUGUAAAGGGAAAAUACUGGUUAAUGGUAAACCGAAGAGUGUCUGGUUCCGCCGAGAGCAGCGUUGAAUUCCCCAGGAAACCGACCCCGGAGUUGAGAAAGAUGUUCUCAAACAACGAUGAAGCUGUGAUCAACAAAAAACUUCCAAAAGAGCUGCUACUUCGAAUUUUCUCUUUCCUGGAUGUGGUCACUCUGUGUCGAUGUGCUCAAGUUUCCAGGGCAUGGAAUGUUCUGGCCCUGGAUGGCAGUAACUGGCAGCGAAUUGACCUGUUUGAUUUCCAGAGGGAUAUUGAGGGCCGGGUAGUUGAGAAUAUUUCUAAAAGAUGUGGGGGUUUCCUGCGGAAAUUGAGCCUGCGAGGCUGCCUGGGGGUCGGAGACAAUGCAUUAAGGACGUUUGCACAGAACUGCAGAAAUAUUGAAGUAUUGAACCUAAAUGGCUGCACCAAGAUCACAGACGCCACAUGCACCAGCCUCAGUAAGUUCUGCUCGAAACUCAGGCACCUCGACCUGGCUUCCUGCACGUCCAUAACCAACCUCUCUCUGAAAGCCCUCAGCGAGGGAUGCCCGCUGCUGGAACAGCUGAAUAUCUCCUGGUGUGACCAAGUGACCAAGGAUGGGAUCCAGGCGCUGGUGAGGGGCUGCGGGGGACUCAAAGCCCUGUUUCUGAAGGGCUGCACGCAGCUUGAGGAUGAAGCUCUGAAGUACAUUGGUGCACACUGUCCCGAGCUGGUGACUUUAAACCUCCAAACGUGCUUACAAAUAACAGAUGAUGGUCUCAUUACAAUAUGCAGAGGAUGCCACAAGUUACAAUCCUUGUGUGCUUCAGGCUGCUCUAACAUUACAGAUGCCAUCCUGAACGCCCUGGGCCAGAACUGCCCCCGCCUCAGAAUAUUAGAAGUUGCAAGGUGUUCUCAACUAACAGAUGUGGGCUUUACCACUCUAGCUAGGAACUGCCACGAGCUUGAAAAAAUGGACCUGGAAGAGUGUGUCCAGAUAACAGACAGUACGUUAAUCCAGCUUUCCAUACACUGUCCGCGGCUUCAGGUUCUGAGCUUGUCCCACUGCGAGCUGAUCACGGACGACGGGAUCCGUCACCUGGGGAACGGCGCCUGCGCCCACGACCGCCUGGAGGUGAUCGAGCUGGACAACUGCCCCCUCAUCACCGACGCCUCCCUGGAGCACCUGAAAAGCUGCCACAGCCUGGAGAGGAUAGAACUGUACGACUGUCAGCAAAUCACCCGGGCAGGGAUCAAGAGACUCAGGACCCAUUUACCCAAUAUCAAAGUCCACGCUUACUUCGCGCCGGUGACUCCUCCUCCCUCGGUGGGGGGCAGCCGACAACGCUUCUGCAGAUGCUGCAUCAUCCUAUGACACUGGAAGAGCUCGUCCCUGCAAACUGAGUAUUUAAUUACACUUGUAGAAUUUACGGUGGACGCCAGUAUCUUCCAGGAAAGCGAUACCGGUGUCAUUUGCCAGGGCCAACGAGCCAGGGCCACGGCGCCAGGCCCCCCCCAGUAGCCACCCAUACACAUACAUACACCCCCCCUCCCAGCCCGCUCCGGAGAACUCACGGACUGGGCCCAAACUGGAGCUGGAGCCCUUGGGGUUGGCUUUUUUUUCUCCAGGUUGGAUUUGGUACCAUCGGGAAUCCCUUCCCGCUGGGCGCCCUCGGAUCGGGAACCCCGGCGGUGAGGAGGAGGAGGAGGAGGAGGGAGGGUUUUGCCAACCCACGAGGAACUGUUGCUGCUGGUGGGGUUGGAAUUGGUCACCGAAAUCCUUUGGAGAGGGGGA